CCGGCGGCAGCACCGGGCAGCACCGGGCAGCGCCCGCAGCAGCCCCGCAGGCUCCCUUCUCACCGGCAGCUGCCUCCGGGCACCGCGGCGCAGAGAUGAACCCCACUGUUGGCAUUGCCGUCUUCCUGACAGUGCUCCAAGCCACUCACUGUCAAAUGAUCAAGGAUCUGAGCGCCUGCUUGUUGGGCCAGAACCUGCGGGUGGACUGCCACUAUGAGAACAGAACCAGCAACCCCCUGACCUACGAGUUCAGCAUCACCAAGGACAACAGGAAGCACGUCAUCCACAGCACCAUAAGCGUCUCUGAGAACGCCUACCGGAACCGGGCCAAUGUCACCAUGCACAAGAACCUGGUGUGCCUGCACCUGCAGAGCUUCACCACCAGCGACGAGGGCGUCUACCUGUGUGAACUGAAGGCCACUAACGACUACACCAUCAACCAGUCAAAGAACAUCACUGUCAUCAAAGACAAACUGGAGAAAUGCGCCGGCUUCAGCCUCUUGAUCCAGAACACCUCAUGGCUCCUGCUGCUCCUCCUUUCCCUGCCUCUCCUGCAAGCCGUGGACUUCGUGUCCCUCUGAGAGGAAAAGCACACACACUCGCACGCACGCACACGCACAUACACACUCAUACCCCGAUUCCCCCCCAGCAAACCCGCUCCCCCCCGCUGGAAUGUGGCCCUUGGAAAGAGAAGCCAAGCGAUGUGAAACAAAUGCAACCUCUAUAUUAUCUCUAUAUAGCCGUAUAUCUAAUGCUAACCCCCUGUCCUGUGCUGAGACCUGCCACGAUGCGCUCACGUGUCCCAAGCACUGCCCCCAGCCCAAGCACGGUGGUCCCACUCAGCAGCACCGCUUCUCCCAUCCCACUGCCCCCAGCUUGCUCCAGCUGCUGUGUUCCUGCUGCGGGCACUGGCCCCGCACCUCCCAUCCUUUUACUUGCCAUUUCUUGCCUGUUUUCACCUGGAGAAAGACAGACAGGCUUGCAGGUAAGAGAGACAGUGGGCGUGCAGGGAUGCAGAGGGGUGUCCGGGCUGGGUGCAGUGAAUUGGAAUUGAGUUUCUCCUAAUUUGCUUUUUUUCCCACUGAGCUGUAAGUGAGGCCUCCAGGCGUCAUCUGGUACUUUGGGCUGCCAAAGCCCGAGGCAUCCAUUGGGACUAGUCCUUAGCUGUGACGAGGGAAAUUGCUGCCAGCAACCGCUUGUGGCAGAGACGAGCAGAGCGACUCUGAGCUAGCGGCUCCCUGCAGGAGCUAACCAGGCUGGUGGCACAGGAGGGCUCCCCUGAGGGACCGUGACCCCAGAUCUCCCUCCCCAGGAAGCUGGUCUACCCUUCUCCAAACGUCUUGCCUGAUGGCGUCGUAGGAAACACCUGAUGGUCCUGAUCCCUCCUUGUGCCUGGCCCUGGGCACCCUCAGGAGAGGCUGAGCAACCUUCCUCCGGUGCAAUCUUCCUCUGAAGUCCAUCUAUACCUCCUGCUCGCUUCCUCCCUUUUGACAUUUUGGCAUUUCCCCGUCUCCAGUGAAGAACAACAUAGGGCCUAUGGGCAGCUCAGCUCAUGACCACCGCUUCAGCUAGGCCAGGAUGUCCCCAAGAAGGCUGCAGGGAGGGUGGUGAACUUUCCCCGUGUGCCGAGAUGACAGAGAGCCCUCCGUGCCGGCUGCUGCUCCCUCCUCGCUUUCCUCCGCGCACCCAGCUCCGGCCAGCCCUGGCCCUGCCUGCUUGCUUGCCACGCAGCAUUGCCGAGGCCGUGCACGGCCGGGGCUCCCCGCUGGGCUCACUACUGAGUGCUGCGGUGG